AUGCGACAUCCCAAGCGAGUUUUGGGGCUCUUCGGCUCUCCAUUACCUCAGAGACUACCCGUUAAACCAUGCAUCCGAACACUCACCCCCCGUUUCCAAAGCUCGUCCUCCGAUGAUAGCCAACCCACGCGUCCGGAGCAUGCCAACCUGAACAGCCAGUCGAUCAAAACCACCCGCCGCUGGCCGAAGAAACGCAAAGAAGCCUCGAAAGUACCGAUUGGGGUAGACUCCCUCGGUGAACCCGGUGAAAUAUUUCUCGUACCUCCCAAAGACGUGAAGGCGAGGCGCGGUCGCAAACAUUUUGAGAGAGGAGGACCCAUACCGCAAGAGGGUGAAGGUUCACUCUCCUCGAUCCUAGACGAUCUCGCUGAUGAGGCAUCUAUCAUGACCGCGGAGCUGGUUUGGAAAAGAUUGGAAAGUCUUCAGACUUAUCGACCUAAACAAAAGCUGCCCGCCCGCAAUUGGGAGGACCUUCUUUCGACCGUGGAAUCAUCCUUUACCUUCGUGCAGCUGUCUGAUUACCUGGCUCAACAUAACGACGGCGACUCCACAAUUGAAAAUAACAUUGGGGCAUGGCGACCGGGGACAUCCGUGUUUUUGGAGCACGGCCGGCGGCAGGGAAACCAGACCAAAAAGUCUGUGUUGGUGGAACGUAUUCUUCGAGAAUGUUGGCAGCUCUCUGUCAUGGAUGAGGUGGGCCAGUUGGAUCUUAGUCUACCUCCUCUUCACAUCAACCUACUGCUGGCAGCCAAUGACUUCUCCUUCGAUGAAGUGGCCAGCCUCCACAAGUCUAGUAUUGACAUCACUCAGUCUCUAGGGCUGGUGCGAAUUACGGGACCCCAAACCGCCUGCGAAUCAACUCUCGAAGUCAUCUCAGAUGCCACCACUAGAAUUCGGGAGGAAGAGGUUGGGAUUGACUUCGCCACCGCUGGCUCGCGGCUUACCCCGAGCUUCAUUGACUGGGUUUGCCAAACAUACAGUGUUGCCAUAGACCAACAUGCCAUGCAGGCUCCAGCGAAGAUUCUCUAUCUCAUCGAGAACAAACAGGGCGCCGAGGAUGCCCGGAGGACACUAGGCUUAGCAGCUCAUGAUGCCAAUUCGACACCCCGACCGUUCUCCACAUACCUCUCAGCCUCCGAGCCGGCAAAUAUAUACGAUUAUACCCCCGAGGCCAGUGCCAACUGGUUUGAUCGACAAAAAUCCUGGUUCCGAUGGGCGAUGCCUGCGGUUCAAACCACUGCCACCGAAACUCAACCGACCCCCUAUUUUGACGGCCACCAAAGUCGGCUCUCCGACGAGUUGCUCAAGCUGCUUCGGAACCGACCCGGUGCAAAGCCACCGUCUCCCGGUGGGUCCGUCGUUCAUGAAUCGGUGACCGUCGCAGUUGGAAGGUGUCUAUUUGGCCGGAAGCCUGCGUUUGACGAGACAGUGAUCAGCGCCUCACAGCUUGGAAAGCUUUCUUUGCCGCGAACUUUUGUACCUGAUGUACCUCGAAUCAAGCCUUUCUUGGACUCUCUUGCCCCAGUCAAUCCAGAGCAUGGGGUCCCGACUCAUGUUGUUCGGCUAAUCCCAUUCCCUGGAUCGUCUGGUAAUCUUCCAGAGUUAGACGUGGAAUUUGUUCCCAGACCUGCCAAUGGUUUGGAACAGUCCCAGGGCGCGAUUGACAUCAAGAGGGUCAAGUUUGUCAUUGAUACAAACAGUGUUGACUAUCUUCUCCCGGAAACCGGACUUGAUCUACGCUUUACGCGCACUCUCUACUCCCAGGUCUCGACUGAUACUACCACGGACCCCGCAGAGUAUGAAGAGCUUUUGAACAGCAUUAGACAACCCCUUCAUGACACCUUCAUCUCUCGAUCAGGCGACGAGAGAUCCGCUUCUCUCCCUGCAUUUGGUCACAUAUGCCUAGCCAACAAUAUUUUCCAGGCUGGCCCUGUCGAGUACAUGUUCCCGCCAUUCAAUGACGCCCGAGGAGCUGCUGCUCGACGAUAUGACUUUGAUGGUAGACAGUUAAGCUACCGCUUCUAUGAAAGUGGACCAUUCCUUGCCGCGAGAUCAACUGAAGUUUCCCUCGACAUGGAUAUACCCCAGGACGCCAUGCACUCAGUGGAAGGGGAAUUCCAGGACGCCGUGGAACAAAAUUUCCAUUCCUUCUACAAUGCGGCAUGCGAUAUGGCGUUCAAAAUCCACAAGGCAAGAUAUCUGGACGAGCACGACGCCUAG